CAAAAUGAGAUCCACGGCACAGGGACUGUCAGCCGGGAAAUCAAAAGGACGUAAUUCAGGCCGUGUCAUCUCACAGAGUUGUGGUCUCAUCAUCAGCCUGUGAUUACAGAUGUAACAAGCAAGUGAAAGGACAUGAGGAAAUACGGCUGGAACAGUUUCAAGGAUUUAAUUUUCAGAAAUCCCUCAGCUGUCAACCAGGAUCCACAUGUGGAUGAUGGGGAUGAAAAUGCAGAACGUGGGAACUGGGCCAACAAAAGGGAGUACAUCCUGUCAACAAUUGGCUACGCCGUUGGAUUGGGAAAUAUCUGGAGGUUCCCAUAUCUGGCCUACAAGAAUGGAGGGGGUGCCUUUCUCAUCCCAUAUUUUGGGAUGCUGGUGGUGACUGGAAUCCCUCUUUACUUCCUGGAAAGUGCCUUGGGUCAGUUCUGCAGCCAAGGUCCAAUUAACAUUUGGAGGGCUGUGCCACUACUACAGGGUGUUGGUGUUGCCAUGGUCAUGGUAACUCUAAUAGUAUCAGUUUACUAUAAUGUCAUCAUCGCCUACAGCCUGUACUACAUGUUCGCCUCCUUCCAGUCUCCUCUGCCGUGGUCUGGCUGCUUCAACUGGGCUGACAGUAACUGCAGCAACACGACGAUAGUGCCCUGUAAUGUAAGUGGUGUUUUACUGGCCAACGGGACUCAAGAAAACAGCACUUGUCCUUCGUCAGACAAAAUCACAAGUCCGAGCGAGCAGUACUGGGAUCGUGUGGCUCUGCAGAGAUCCAGCAAUCUAGAAGAAACAGGACAGGUAGUGUGGCACUUGGCCCUCUGUCUGCUGCUGAGCUCCAUACUUGUUGCUGCAUCACUCAUCAGAGGGAUCAAGUCAUCAGGAAAAGUUGUGUAUUUCACAGCUACAUUUCCCUAUGUGGUGAUUCUGAUCCUGCUGAUCAGAGGCGUGACACUAGAGGGGGCAAGAGAUGGGAUAGAGUUCUACAUUGGUUCCCAGUCCAAUCUGACCAAACUGACUGAAGCACAGGUCUGGAAAGAUGCUGCGACUCAGACCUUCUACUCGCUCUCCAUUGGCUGGGGUGGAGUCAUGACUCUUGCCUCAUAUAAUAAAUUCCACAACAAUCUGCUCAAGGAUUCAUUUGUUGUAACACUUACUAAUGCUGGUACCAGCGUGCUUGCAGGCUUUGCCAUAUUUUCCAUCUUGGGUCACAUGGCUCACGUCUACAAAAUGCCCGUCGGAAAAGUGGUGAAGGAAGGAUUUGGCCUGGCGUUCAUUGCAUAUCCAGAUGCUCUGUCUAAGCUUCCCGUUUCCCCUCUGUGGUCCAGUUUGUUCUUUUUCAUGCUUCUGACUGUUGGUCUGGACUCUCAGUUUGCUGGGAUAGAGGUGCUCACCACCUGCAUAAUUGAUGCCUUCCCUAAAACACUUAAAUCUAAACGUGCCUUACUCAGUACAGCCACGUGUGCCAUCCUCUACCUUUUGGGCCUACCAUGUGUCACACAGGCAGGGAUAUACUGGGUGACGCUAAUCGACCAGUUUGUUGCCAGCUGGGUGCUGCUAAUGUUGGUUCUUUUGGAGAUCAUUGGUGUCUGCUACAUAUAUGGAGGGAAUCGUUUUGUUAAAGACAUUGAGAUGAUGCUUGGAAAGAAGAGUUUUGCUUUCUGGCUGUGGUGGAGAUUGUGUUGGUUCUUUAUCAGCCCCUGCAUCAUAGUGGUGAUUCUGGUCUGGUCUUUGAUGACAUUUACACCACCUUCUUAUGGAGCAUCCCAGUUCCCAGUCUGGGGCCUUGCGCUAGGCUGGUGCAUGGUGGUGUUUGUCCUCCUUUGGAUCCCUGUCAUUGCUGUGUAUAAGCUUACCAGAGUAGAGGGAAGCCCCUGGAAGCAACUGAAGUCCUUGUGCUCUCCAUCUGAAGAAUGGCACCCCUACCUAGAUGUCCAUCGAGGAGAACGCUACUCAGAGGAACGCUGCCGUUGCAAGAAGAGCCAUAACAGACCAGAAAUAAAUGUAAACGUAGUCUGCAGCUCAUGGCUCUGAAGUGUGGUUUUGUAUGUUUAUCUUUCCCUUUGUUGAAGCACUGUACUGAAACACCAUCAUUACACUGAAAGUCAAAGCCACUUGAACUGAUGUUUGACCUCCAGGAGGCAGAGAGAAACUCUAAUGCAAACCAGCAGCAGAUUACAAUUAUCAUGUUCAAACACUCACAUAACAUGCCAGCAGACACCAGGCAACAUGGGUAUUUGUCAGAUAUUUUACUUUUCAGAUGCCAACAUCCACUUUUCAUUUAGCUGAGGUUUGGUCCACUACCUUCAGUGGAAAAUAUCUUUGUUGUCUUUGACUCAGCCAGGUACCGUGUUACCCACUGGGACAGGUAGCAUACAACGAGGUUCUGUGUGAAAGUAAAAGUAAAAGAGAGUUUUAGUUUAGUUUAGUACACACAAACUGAUGAACUACUACAGUGGUGGAUCAAAGCCAAUUACAGCCAUCAAUGAUUUUAUGUUAAAAAGAAUGAUUUGGUUAUAUACAGACACACAUACAGUAUAUGGGCCUUUAGAAUCAGGUAAUGUUUCUUAUUUUGAUCCUUGGAAUUUCUAUGUUAUGCUUGUCUUUUUAUGUACGUGUAUAAUUUCUUGUUAAUUGUUUGUUUCUUGAU